AACCAAUAUGGCGUAUCCACUCAAACCAACACAAAACCACAACACUGGUAAUCCCAGACCCUGUUUCAAAUGUAAUUAACAUUGGUUUACAUAGGCCCCUACCUGCUAGUACGUUGUACAUGAAUUAGCUACCAAUGACAGCACUGUUCUACUAAACAACACUGUGACUAUGAAUUACAAUAGAUGCAGAUGAUAGUGAAGUUGGAGAAGAAUGUCUAAAAUUACCCCCAUAACUACUGUUAAAAUGGAAAACAAUGCAAAGAAGAAAAGUUUGGGAGAUGAAAUUAAUCCAGUCAAUGAGAAUCCAGAAACUCGCUUUAUGUUGAACCAUAUAAGAUGUAGGGAAUGUGAGAGUUUCACAGAAAGACCAGAUCAGCAGAAUAUAAAUGACGCAGAGAAGCUGUGUUAUUGCAACUAUACCAAGGCACAGCACUUGGGUGUAAACAAAUCAAUCAAAGAUUCCAAGUGGUCUCACAUCACCCAUGCUAGGCCCAUACCCACCAACGCUUUUGGAGAGAUAGAAUUUGUUGGCUAUGGUGAUAAUCAUGCUAAGUUUGUUCGAGUUGAUGUGGAGACUAAGAUGGACACUAUGUUAAAUCUUUUACAACAAGCCUGGGGGAUGGAGAAGCCCAACUUGCUUAUUUCAGUCACUGGUGGCGCUAAAAACUUCACUAUGAAGUCCAGGUUGAGAGAUGUCUUUAGGCGGGGCCUCAUUAAAGCUGCUCAAAGUACAGGUGCCUGGAUAGUCACAGGGGGAACUAACGCUGGCGUCAUGAAGCAUGUUGGGGAGGCCGUGAGAGAUUUUGGUUUGACCAGCGAACGGAAAGUAACGACAAUUGGCAUCGCACCAUGGGGAUGUGUACAAAAUAAAGAACUUCUUAUCAAUAAAGAGGGGCAGUGGCCAGCCUAUUACAGAAUAGAGAACGAAGCCAAACCCAAACAGUCGUUCCUAGAUCCAAACCACUCCCAUUUUAUUUUGGUGGAUAAUGGAACUCAGCAGCAGUUCACUGUGGAGAUCCCAUUCAGGGCAAAACUGGAGGAAAAAAUUGGCAAUCAAAAAACUGACACAGGGACAGAUGCUGUUUCUGUGCCAGUUUGUCUGCUUGUGCUAGAAGGUGGGCCUGGCACACUGGAGACGGUCAAUUCAGCAAUUUCUAGCAAUACACCUACCAUUAUAAUCAAGGGGUCUGGUAAGACAGCAGACAUCCUGGCAUACGCUUAUCAAAAUUCUAAGGAGGAAGAAAUUACAAAGUCUGAUCAAAAUGGGUUACAAGUCAAAGGGACAAUCUCAAUGCUAGAGCCUCACAUAAUGGCAGACAUCAGGACAAUGAUCAAGUCCCAGUUUGGGGACCAGGACCUGGACAAGAGGGUCGACUGGAUCAAAAACAGUUGCAGCAAGAGGGAUCUCAUAACUGUGUUUGAGCUGGAUUCCAAGAAUUCUGCUAAAGAUGUGGACUUAGCUAUUUUAAAGGCUCUGUUGAAAGCCAACAAAAAUCAAGUUAUGGAUCAGCUAAAAUUAGCUUUGGCAUGGAACAGAAUUGAUGUGGCAAAAUCAGAAAUUUUCACUGAUGAAAAAGUUUGGCCUACUGGCAUGCUGGAUGAUGUCAUGCUGUCGGCCAUUAAACUCAACAGGGUGGACUUCGUUGAGUUGUUUCUGGACCACGGUGUGAGCCUAAAAGAGUUCCUUACAGUUGAAAGGCUUGUACAUCUAUACAACUCAAUUCCACAGAACUGUCUGUUGUAUACUUUAUUAAGAAGUCGGAAGAAACAAAGAGAAAAAGCAGAACAUAAGAGCAACUUUACUCUAGCUGAUGUUGGCUAUUUGAUCCAAGAACUUUUAGGUGACUUCUACGUGCCAACUUAUCUGACAAACAGAAAACUGCAUGAAACAGCUGACCACUCUGUCAGUGGUCUCAAGAAUAAUGACAUGAACCAUAAUAGUGACCACUUGGGUGGCAGAUAUUACUUCCCUAACCCUGCUCAAGAACUGUUUAUAUGGUCAGUGCUUAUGAACAAUCACAAAUUAUCAAAACUGUUUUGGGUUGAAGGAAAGGAGUGCUCCACUGCUGCUUGUCUGUUUGCUAACAGCAUUUUAAACUCACUCCAAGCUCACACUUUUGAUGCUCAGGUCAAGGCCAAAUUUCAAAUGGCAGCAGAUGACUAUGGUCAGCUGGCUAUUGGGGUCAUCAACAACUGCUACAGCUCCGACGAGAAGCGGACCCACAAGCUGCUUGUGUACGUCAUGCCCCAGUGGGGCUGGACCACCUGUGUCCUGAUGGCCAUUAAGGCAGACAACAAGGAGUUCAUCGCCCAGACAGCUUGCCAGUCACUGCUCAACAAAUUGUGGAUGGGAAAAAUGACGAAAUACAAUAGUCUUUUGUCUAUUGUUCCCGCUAUUGUUAUGCCACCAUUGAUCCAAGUUUUGAUUGACUUCCAAAAGAAAAAUAAACCAAAAGAAUUGUCUGCUGAUUUUGCUUCAGGGAAAGAAAAAGAUUUGAAAAGACAGCAGACUGUGUAUAGCUUGCAACCUCAAGUGCUUGAAAAACCUGCCAAGUUUAACCUGAAUGACACCAUACAGAAAUGGGCUUAUUUUUACAGUUCUCCAAUUGUUAAAUUCAUCACCAAUGUUGUAUUUUACCUGGUCUUCCUGAUGUUGUACAGCUAUGUUUUGGUUGUUAAACUGACCAGUGAGUUUGUCUAUCAGGAAGGUAUUCUCAUCGUGUGGGUCGCUACUAUUUUCACUGAAGAACUGCGACAGUUUUUUACAGGAGCUGGGCAUUCCCUCAAGUCACAAAUAGAAUCUUACUUCAGUGACAAGUGGAACUGGCUGGAUAUGUUCUCAAUAUUUCUCUUCAUUGUGGGAAUGAUUCUCCGAGCCAUACCCAACGACGACACCCUGAGCGCAGCUAGAGUCAUCCUCAGCAUAAACCUCAUCACGUUUUUCUCCCGCAUACUUCACAUUUUCUCCAUCAACCAGGAACUUGGGCCCAAGCUUGUGAUGAUCAACAGAAUGAUCCAAGAUUUGAAGUGGUUUGUUGUUAUACUGCUAGUGUUUAUCAUGGCCUAUGCUGUGGCAUCAGAAGCCGUGCUGUAUCCUAACUCUGAACUCAGCUGGAAGCUGCUUUACUACUUUCCCAGAAAAGCUUACUGGCAUAUUUAUGGGGAACUCUUUUUAGAUGACAUUGAAGGGUCAAGCACGUGUACAGAUGACCCCACGCAGUACUCAGACUACGAUGUGCUCAGGUGUCCGUCCCCGGUGGGAAAAUAUUUUGUCCCCAUUCUACUUGGUCUGUACAUUUUGAUGACCAAUGUCCUGCUGCUCAAUCUUCUCAUUGCCAUGUUUAGCUUCACCUUCCAACAAAUCCAGGACAACACGGACAUGCACUGGUGUUUCCAGAGGUUCAACCUGGUCCUGGAGUACACAGAGAGGCCAGUGCUGCCCCCUCCUAUGAUCAUCCUCUCCCACAUCUACCUCGUGUUUCAGUACUGCUGCCGCAGGUCACCUGACCAGCAGGCAGAGUCCAGUGAAUUUAGGAAAGUUUUUAAGAACAAAGAUUUUGAGAAAAAGUUGAUGCAGUGGGAAGACAUCAUAGCUGAUAACUUUCUCAGCAUCAGAGAAAAAACAGAACGGAACAGUUUGGAGGGCAGGGUCAAAGCAUCAUUGGAAAGGUUGGAAGUUGUGCUCAGUAGAAUUGAUGAUCUCCAUGACAACCAGACAGCUGCCCUAGGAUUAGGUCCACCUGUUCCCAUGGAAACACAGACUCAGUCAACAGCCCAGAUUGAGAAGAAAAUGGCAGCAUUAGAAAAUCAGAUGGUUCACACGACCAAAGCCUUAGAGUGGAUCAUGUCCUCCCUACAAGAGAACAAGCUAGCAUCCAAAACACAGAGACCUACCCUGCCCGACUACAGUAAAGUUAAACUUGAAGAGGCCACACAUAUUUUUACAAUAUGCCUUAAAGAGCUCAAGAAGAAACAAGCCCAAGAUGAGAAUGACAAGAAAGUUGUCCAGGAGCUGUUGCAGAAGAAAAAAGACUUCAACUUCAUGUCCAGGACUUCACCCUACCCAGCAACCACAGUACAGCGGCAGAAAGUUCCGGAUGAGAUGGUGCAGUGGGAGAUUGACUACCCAGAUUACAACCCCCCAGCCUACACCUCCUCUGAAAUUCUCAGAAAACCUUCAUUUGCUGAUGAUGAUCUAUUGUCGACGCCGGUGAGGAAGAAAGUAAAAAUAGAUUUCAAUGAGUACGACAAACAGUGCAAGGUUUCUCGACAAAGCUUGCUUAAACCUUACAAGGUUGUGGACGGUCUGCCAUUGAACCCUGUAGGCCGCACAGGGUUGAAAGGUCGGGGGUCGCUCGGAAGAUGGGGGCCCAAUCAUGCAGGAGAUCCUGUGGUUACCAGAUGGAAGCUCCUAGAAAAUGGUACUUGUGCCAAGACCAAUGGCAAACCUGUCUUGGAAUUUGUGGCUGUACAACGAUUGGACAAUAACUUGUGGGCCCUGCCAGGGGGUAUAUGUGAGCCAGAUGUGAGCCCAUGGUCUGUUUUGAAGACAGAUUUCAAAGAAAGCAGCGAGAACUCUCCUGUUAACAAAGAAGAGAUAGAGAAGGGACUAGCAGAUCUGUCACAAAGUGGUGUUGAGGUGUACAGGGGUUAUGCCGAUGACCCACGUAACACAGACAACGCAUGGAUUGAGACACGGGUGGUCAACUACCACGACAAGGAUGGAAAAGUUUUACAGCAUGUCAUUCUUAAGGCACGUGAGGCCGUCCAUGCUGUGACAUGGCAGACAGUGUCCAGCAGUCUGACCCUGCACGGAGCACACGCCUACUUUCUCAAGCUGGUGGCUGACAGACAUGGCGCCGCAUUCUAAACUGGUUGGACAUGGACUUUUGGCUGGACAUUUAUCUGGAUAUUUUGUCUGGACUUUUUACCUGGACAUUUUACUUAGACUGUUUACCUGGACAUGUCACCAUAACUUUUUACCUGGACAUGUCACCAUAACUUUUUACCUGGACAUGUCACCAUAACUUUUUACCUGGACAUGUCACCAUAACUUUUUA